AGACGUUCUCUCAGUUCCGCAGACGGAGAAGUCGCGAAAAAACAAAUGGCGUAACAUCGUACAUUCGGAACGGGACGAGAUCGAGCUAAAGUUUGUGUAAAAAGUCCAGCGCGCUCGUUUUCGGCCAGAAAAUUUCAGUAUUCGAAACAAGAUCAAGCCGUUUGAUUCCUGUUUCGUGUAGUAUAAUGAUUGUAGUAGCUAUCUAAUUCGGCGUGUUAAAUAAUCUAACCUUUUUAGCUGUAUAUUUUGUAAAGUGCAACUUUUUUAAGAACAUCCCCAGUGAGUAGACAGACACGGCGAAAUAGUUCUGUAAAGCAGAAUUGUACAUAGCUUUUGAGGUGUGAUUUGCACAAAAAAAAGCAGUGAAUUGACUUUCUGUGGAUGAAUUAUACGUGUUUCCAGGAGGAAAAGUUGCUCCCUGUACAGUUAGUGAUAGACAUUUUCUUCGGCAUUUCCCAUUGUCGACUGGCAUAGCGCCGUGUGAGUGUUGGAGUGAGCGAGAGCAAGACGAGCGCUUCUGGAGGAAUAUCUUAUCCCGAUAGAUUCCGCACGGGAACGAGAAGAACUUCAGUUUUCGUAACUUGUGAAUGAGAACAGAACGAGGCGAAUGUGCGGUUUUUCCUACACCGGAUCAGCAGAGUGAUUGAGCCCGCACAUAAAGUGCGUAUUGAAUUGUUUGUGUUUGUGCGGUGGGCUCGUCUUGCGGUUCUAGCAUUGUAUCAAAAAAGAUCUUGUUACGCGACGGUAGUGACGGGCGUGGAAGUGGCUGGUGCAAAAAGUGACCUCUGAAUGCAUCAAUGGCUCCCGAGUGAAGAAAAAGGAAGAUAAUAAAGCAGUAUCAUUUUGCUGAACGCAAAAACGAGAGAGGAAGUGAAUUAUUGUUUGCCUGUGUGUAUGCGUGCACGAGAGCUUCCGGAAGAGUCCCGGGCUGGUUGAAGAAACUGCUACUGUGUGUAAUGGUUAAAUAGCAGCUUAGUAUCCUUACGUCCGACAGGAACGGGCGAUUUAACAGUGACACUAGCGCUAAGGACAGAUUUGUUAUGUGCGAGUGUUUGGUUUGGGCUGAGCAAGUGUGUUAAGCAGCAAAAGUGCAUCGCGUCGCCCUGCUUAAGCGAUAAACGGAUCAAUCGACAACAAUUUGAGCAUUUGUUUUCAAACAACCCAACGGCAACAGUCACAACACAGUAGAAAGCGUCUUAUCUGCUUUUCCCGAGAUUUGAAAGCGUUUUCUGGGGUGCGAAGUAAUUUGCGGUUUAUACCAACUACAGACAAAAUUUGCAGAUCUAAUUACAACUAGAGCACCAGUCGCAUCCUCCGACAUUUGUCUAUUUUAAAAUACCGACCUUGCCACAAAAGCUCUCAAAAUUCAUUUGGAAGUGUUGCACCACCCACUCGAGCCAGAGGCGGCCGCAAUGAAGUUACUGGGGGGACAUGACGACGGCGGUGGACGGGGAGCUCCGAUCCGGUCCCAGGACGACGCUGCAGUGGGUUACGUUUUCCAGCGGCAUCCCAAUGAGAACGAGUUCAAUCAGUUUGCCCAGAAACAGUCCCGUUGGGCAUCCGGGGACGACGCAAUUAUCGAUAAUCAAGAUAAAUGGAAGUACAAUCCAACUCUAACAAACAACAGCACUGGUGGAUUGCUUCCGCCGCCGACGAUGCAUUCUGUAAAUAAACAUCAAGCACAUCAACAAAUGCAAGCCCAGCAGCAACAACAGCAGCAACUGCCAAUGAUCAACCAUCCUUCUCAACUGGCGAACCAUCUCAACCACCAGAACCAUCUCAAUCAAACAAUGCUCAACCACACGGCUAUGGGGAACGCAGCGGCCGCUGCUGCUGCUGCCGGUGGUCUGCCCGCGAUGCAAAUGCCGAUGCAGGGUGCCGGAAUGUACGAUCACCUGCAUCCGCCGAAUGUGAACGUGAACGGUGUAGUUCCCAAGCAUCCUCCGGGGCAGGAGCAGCUGGUCUAUCUAGGUGGUGGUCAGCAGUAUGGCGUCCUAGCGCCCCAGAACCAGUACAUCGCCAGAAACAAUGCAGCGAUAACUACUUCAGCAACGAAAAAACUCUGGGAGAAAGGUAGUAGCAACGAUGUCAAAGUGGCUACUGGAGCGACCGGGCCGUUGGCUCCACUACAAUUACACGGAAGCACCGAUCACCAAGUUUGGCGUGAUUCCACUUGGUCUACGCAGGGCGAUGCGAUACUGGCCUCGAGACGCAUAUUUCCACAUGCUCCAGAUACGAAUCCGACCGGAUCGACGGGAAUUUUAAGCCCUCGCGAUUCAACCGGCGGUCUCGGCGUUAAAAUGGUUGAAUACGUACUCGGUGGAUCGCCCACAAACAAGGAAAGUCCGCUUGCUAGCUUAGAACCUCGAUUCAAUCGAAUGAAAUUCGAUGAUAAUGACAAGGCAUCUGACGAUAAAGACAAAGCUAAUUCGCCGUUCGAGUCGAACGGCCUGAAGAAGGAGGAAGUGAACUCGACCAAUGGAGUUGUGAUCGUAAACGGAAUUGAUGACGACAAAGGAUUUAAUUAUAUUUUCACUUCCAGUCGCACUCCUGGCUCCCGCCAGCCGUCACCGGCGGAGGAGCAGCUGCCUCGAGGGUCGAAUCUGCUUGAUGCACCGUCACACCAUAGUACCGGAUUUCCACAGCAUCCCUCACUGCACCAUAUGCUGGGAUCUGCAGCUGCGGCCGCUGUCGCUGCUGCGGCCGUCGGCGCAAGUGGCGGUGCCAACGAUGUUGCCCAACAGGCAGCUGCAGCCGCGCUGGGCUCAUAUCAUCCGCAAAUGAUUCCCAAUCAGAUGAGCCAGAUGAAUCAGCUUAGUCAGAUGAAUCAAAUGAAUCAGCUUAAUCAGAUGCAAAGCCACGUGAUGAAUGGAGUCGGAGGAAUUCCGCAGAUAACGCAGAGUCAAAUGGUUAGUCAACCUGGACAGGGUCCUAACCAGAUUGAAUCGCCCGCCAAUCUGCUGCAACAGCCACACAACUUCGAUGUUCAGCAACUGUUCCGAUCGAAUCCCGGCCUCACUGCUGCCAACUCAGCCGUUCCCGGUGCCCCGAACGGACAGCCACUGCCACAAUCAGCGCUCUCGCUCUCCGCACAGCAGCAACAGUUUCUAGCGCAACACAAUGCAGCCUAUGCAGCGCAACAAGCGGCCCCGUACGUCAUCAACCCGGGUCAGGAUCCGUCUCCGUACAUGGGCGCCCUGAUCACCGCCGGUGUACCGCAGUACUAUGGAGUGGCCGCUGCCCCAUGGGGAGUAUAUCCUGCCAAUCUAAUACCGCAGCAACAGUCACAGCCCCGAAGGCCUCUGACACCAUCGCAGCAGGGUGCUGAAAAUCAGCCAUACCAGGUGAUAUCGGCUUUCUACGAUCAGAGCGGUUCCCUGGUGAUGGGCCCGCGCACAGGGACACCCAUGCGGCUGGUCAGUCCAGCACCGCCGGUGUUGGUUCCGCCGGGUGGACCGCGAGCUCCUCAGGCACCGCCGACUAUUUAUCAACCACAGCCUCAGACAGCCCAGCAGAGCAUGUACUCCGCACAGAAUGGAUCCAACAUGGGAGGUCUCGCACUGAGUACGUCGUCACUGACCGCACGGAGAGACUCGUUCGAUCGUAACACCUCAGCGUUCAGUCCGUCGCUAGAUUACACGUCAGCAUCCACCAAUGCUGUGGUGAGUAACGCAGCUGCCGCAGCCGCUGCUGCUGCCCGGAAAUGGCCAGUUGGUGCGGGAAGUUACGGUGGCCUAAGUGCAGUAACGGCCUCAGCUAGCCCAUUAGGAACGUCUAUCACUCCUCCGCCGGUGUCUGGACUAGGAGCGCUGGUAACAAGUCGCGCUCCAGGAGCAGAAACCAAAUAUAGGCAAGUUAAUCAACUUGCACCAGGUAUAUCAGCGAAUGCUAUGUUUGGUUCGAGUAACUCGUUGUUCUCCAAAUUGCCUGGAUCCGUAGUACGACCGACGACAGCGUCAGCAGCCGCUGCUGUAGCAGCUGUUGCAGCCGGUGCGCCUGGACUUGACCGACCCCCAGGACGCUCGCGACUAUUGGAAGAUUUCCGUAAUCAACGCUAUCCGAAUCUACAGCUGCGAGAUUUGACAAAUCACAUCGUCGAAUUUUCCCAGGAUCAGCACGGUUCUAGAUUUAUUCAACAAAAACUGGAGCGCGCGACAGCUGCCGAAAAACAGUUGGUGUUCAACGAAAUCUUGGGCGCCGCUUACAGUCUAAUGACAGAUGUAUUUGGUAACUAUGUUAUCCAGAAAUUUUUCGAGUUUGGAUCUCCUGAGCAGAAGCAAGCUCUGGCACAGCAAGUAAGAGGACAUGUUCUGCCACUAGCACUGCAAAUGUAUGGCUGCCGUGUGAUUCAGAAAGCGCUAGAAAGUAUUCCAGCCGAACAACAGCAAGAAAUCGUUCGAGAGUUAGACGGGCACGUGCUCAAAUGUGUUAAGGAUCAAAACGGAAAUCAUGUUGUACAAAAAUGUAUCGAGUGUGUUGAACCAACGGCCCUACAGUUCAUUAUCGACGCUUUCCGCAACCAGGUAUACUCGCUGAGUACGCAUCCGUAUGGGUGCCGAGUUAUUCAAAGGAUACUCGAACACUGUACCACUGAGCAGACCGCUCCAAUCCUAGCUGAGUUACAUGCAAAUACGGAACAAUUGAUUCAGGAUCAAUAUGGCAACUAUGUGAUCCAGCAUGUGUUGGAGCAUGGAAAAUCGGAAGACAAGUCGGUGCUAAUCGCUGCUGUGCGGGGAAAAGUGCUGAUACUUUCACAGCAUAAGUUCGCAUCGAAUGUAGUUGAGAAGUGCGUUACACACGCUACCAGAGCUGAACGAGCGCUGUUAAUUGAGGAGGUUUGCUCGUUUAAUGAUGCCGGUCUGCACGUGAUGAUGAAAGACCAGUACGCUAACUACGUCGUGCAGAAGAUGAUUGAUGUGUCAGAACCGACGCAGCGAAAGGUGUUGCUGCAUAAAAUUCGCCCGCACAUGAAUUCACUGAAGAAGUACACUUACGGUAAGCACAUCAUCGCCAAGCUAGACAAAUUCACGCUCAAAACACCGAACACGAUCGGCGGGGGUAGUGCUGGCGGAGUGGGAGGUACAGGCGUAACCGGAGCGACAGGAGUUAACGCAAACCAAAACAGUGGAAUUGGUGCCGAUGGCAAUAAUACCAUUGGAACAAAUGGAACUGUACCCGGGGGACAACAGGUUGCUGCUACUAACGGUGGAGGUCCCGGUAGCGUACCUAGCAAUGGAAGCAGUGGAAUCAGCAACACUGGCAACAACAACGGGGGAGCAACUACUUUGGGACCCAUUGGGCCGCCACCUACUAAUGGCGUUAUGUAAUUGGGGCGUAGCAAAAUGUAAUGUUAACAACCUUCUGAUGGUACCUUCAGAACCAGAAGAGAUUUGCGAGGUUGGAGAAAAGUUAUAAAACGUCAUCACUUUUCUGGAAAGAGAAAAGCGAAAACAUGCACUGUAAUCUGUCUUCGGAAUGUGCCUUCGAUCUGCGGAGGAAAGUGAAUGAAGUAAUCUUUUUGUAAAGAUCAAAAACAUAAGCAUUUGUAAAUAUUUUUUAACUCUACAGAGAUUUUUUUCUCUCGCAAUGCUUUUGUUCUAGAAUAACGAAGGCUUUUUAAGCGACAGGGUCAGAACCGAAAGACUUUGAGUAUUUAGGGAACAAAUUAAUUCGUUAUUGCCGAACGAGAUGUACACUUAUUAUUGUUUCCCGGAUCAGCUGUUAAGGCAUUCUGUGGACAGACGGAUCUCAAUCCUAAUAUAGAAAACAAAAAAAGCAACCGUAAUCGGUUUUAAACACGAACAGUUUUCCGCAUUGGCCGUGUGUGAUUUUAGCGGUAAACAUACUAUAUUUUUUAGAAUGUUAUAUAUAUUCUCCGCGAUAGAAGCACAUUUCGAAUGAGAUUAACGGCACGAUAUGAAUUAUCUUUAUUUUUUCUGCUUGCAAACCCGCCAUAGAAGACACAGAACCUAACCUCUUUUAGUCGAAACAGGAUAUAAAAAAAAACAAUAAACAAUUUCAAAACCAAGGAUUAAAUUACGAUAAUAGUGAAGCAGAAGCUUGAACUUUUUGGAUUUACGAAAACUAACGCACUUAUAAAUAAUUGAUUAUUGGUAGAAAUCGAUCUUGAAUUGCACGCGCUCGAGUCGAAAGCGUUGUCAUGUGCACUCCAAGUUAGCAGCAGACACUAGGCUAAGUAUAAAAUGAAAAUCUGUAUAAUUUGUAUCAUUUGGUGGUUAAGUUGCAUUAAAAGUUGAAAAUAUGAUAAAACAAGUCAAAAUUCGACGUUGACAGCGAUUCGCGUAUUACACACUCAAGGGAAUGUACACUUUUUAUGACGAAUUUGAUCGGUUUCGCGUAAUAUUUAUAUAUAUUAUAAUCUCAACCAUAUGCGUGCGAUUGCUUCUUAUGUCUGAAAGAAAAAGCGGUAACGACGAUGAUGGCUGCGAAAUGAUAAAGGUGAUAAAAAUCGUCUACCUUUCGUUGUUGCGAGCUUAACCAAUAGGCUCUGCGCGAACAGAAAAAUGCUAAUCCAAAUGUUUGCCGGCAUAUGUAAACUGCCUCGGUCAAUAGACGUGUAGAAAAAAAGGUCUGUCGAGGAGAAUAGAAUGCAAAUGAAAAACAUGCUGCAAGUUCCCAGAGUUGAACUGAAGAGGCAAGCAGAGGAUCGAUCGCGCUAAUCCGGUUUAUAUAUACAAACACGAUUAAUAAGUACUGACUUAAUUGUGAUGUGCAGAAACUGUUGUGCACUGAUCUCUUUUGAAAGUGUGCGUCCACCUGUCAACCGGAAAACCGCUUUUCUUUGCUUAAUUCAUGAAGCAGUAACUCAUAUUGCGAAGAAAGCUAGAUUCCAUCUUUUUGAAGGGCAUUAUCCAGUUAUGUUCAUAGACGCCAGUGAUUAAGCACGCGAUAUUUUCAUUGAUUCCGCAGAUGUUUAUGUUCAAUCUUUGCGAUUCGUUUUAAGGAAGAGCUGAAUACGAAAAUAAAAUUAACCACACAAGUUUCUCAGCUUUGUCUACCCAGAAAAAAAAGGUGUUAAAAUGCAUUAAAUAGGAGGCAACAAAGUAUUGAUUAGUUAUUUUAUUAAUAAAAAAAGCUGGCAUAGGGAUCAUUUUUUCGAAGAAUAUAACAGACUUUGAAUAAGAAUAACGCACUGUGAUCCAUACCGAGACACACACAGGUACAUGCGUUGCAACGGUGGUUUAAGCCACGCAUUACAAAAAAAACUAAUCGCUAACAUAAUUUCCAAAAUGUGUGCAUUGUGCUAAACGUACUUUACCUGAGCAUAAGUUUUACCAAUCACGGAAAAUCGAAAGUCCCCUGUUAUUGCUCUCUAUCAUUUUUGCUUUGUGUCUUUCGAAUGUAUCAGGUAACCCAACGUUGUCGUUUCAUUUUCUCAUUGCAACAACUAAUUUUAUUCGUAACCAAUAAAUACAAUCAUUCAAAUGAUCAAACGAACAAACUUGAAAGCAGGAGCAGGAAUAGUUGAACAAGAAUUGCUUUGAAUAGAAUACACGUUCAUUAACCGACGUCAUCUAUGACGUGUUAGAUAAAAAAAAGAAUAUUAAAUUGGAAAACAGUUUCAGAUGGCAAAACUAUCUCAAAAUCAUAGGAGAAAAGUGCAGUGGCAUCUUGUUUUCAAUGAAACUUACCUUUUUUUCAUUUACUUUUUUCAAAUUACUAUAUUCAAUAUAAAAAUAAAACAAUCCCGAACAUGUAAGCAUAUAAAAGAAUAAAUAAAAUGAAACAUGAUAGCAUUUAUUACGAAACACGUAAAGUUGCGAAUAAGAACCUUUUCCUCUCCAAUAUUUGAAGGUAGUGUUCAAUGGCAGGAUUAACGUAAGGAAAAAAUAAAAAAUACUAAAAAAUAAUUCUAAUAAAUACAUAAACAGUAACAGUUAUCUGUAAGUCAAUCUUUAGUAAAGUAUAACAUCGUAAAAAAAUUCUCCUGAUUUUUUGAAAACAUUCAUUUCUUGUCAAUUUUCCAUGUAAUUGUGAACUGUUAAUAUCAUAAGCCAGUGUUACAACCGCAGGGAGUUUCGCACGUAUAGAAAUACACACGUAAGCGUGGACGAAAGCUGUUGUUGCAGUGAUAGUGGCAGUAGUAGUAGCAAUAGUCGUAGUUCUAGAAGUAGCAGUUGCGUGUACUCAAUGUGUAUUCAUGUAGUCUCCAUGAGUAGCUAGCGGGCACAUACUUGUGUGAGAAUACGCAAAAACAAGUCCACUAUGUCUUACCUAUUGUUGCGGUAGAAUAUGCGACCCACAGUGUAAUGCUGUCUAAAUGUAGGUUACUAUGUACGCACGGAAUAGGAAAAUGUCUGGGUUUUCAAACUGAGAAUGGUAUCUAUUUUAAACCAGACAUUCGCGGAUAAAUAGUGGAUGCCUUUGAAUCAAAAUUAUAUGGCUUUUGACGUCACUGCUGACUGUGCUACAACCUAUGAUGUAUCUUAUCUGCAACAGUACCAGCUACUUACUCGGUUUGAUAACCCUACAAUCAUUUUAAAGAGUACAAGAUUCUAGUGUACUCAUCCUUGUUAAGCACUUUUACAGAACUACGUGAUACAUUAAAGAGCUCCCAUUUUCUAAAAUUAUCAACAAGCAAAUUGGAAAUGGAAAUAUUUUUCUAAAUUAAACGCUCAUAUAAAUUAUAUUGCUUUAAUACGAUCAGCAGUGACCGCAUUGAAAACGCAGGCCUCUCCUCACUAAAUCAUUAUCGGAACAACAUCUUCUCUCAGCUAAUUUUAAACCCAGAGCGGUAUUUUUGAGCCGAAUGUCGGCUACUCUCACUAAUAGUAAUAGCUAGUAAGUAAUUCGUAUAGAAGUAAUCUGAUUUAUUUUUUGUGUUUUUCGUAUAAGUUAAUAUUUUAGGUUUGUAAAAUGCAUAUAAAACAAUUAUCGACAGUGCACGGAACAUUUGAUGAGAAAACGUGCGCGCAUGCACACACACAUACAUGCAUAAACACAACCAUAUAAACUGAGCGUCCCUGUGACUCUCCUUAUAUUAGAAUCUCUGGCCUCGGCAGAAUGCUGCUAUGAAAACAAGUCGCUCAUCAACUGUUAAGUGCACUGAACGUGAAACUCGUCACUUAUUGGGAAGAUUGUUUUCACAAUAAUCGUACUUCGGUUUGGACUCUUAGAAAACAGCUCUUUUUAAGUAUCUACUUAUAAUAAAAGCUUGAUUAUUGGAAGAUUAGAGUUUUUCGUAGACAAAACAUUAGAAUAAAAUUUUCUAUUAUACUAAAACAAUUGCAUCCGGCACUUAAUUAGUGGAUUUAGCAAAAUAAGGAAACAAUUCAAAACACACGCAUAUGUGAACGAAAGUAAUGUUGUAUAUCGCUGUACAAAAUUUAUAUAGUUAUUUUAUACUGAACAACAAAGAUAAAACGAAAAAUCUUUUAGCAAACAAAUAACACGAAAGAACAAAAUUGAAGGUAAUGUUACUUGUACGAUAGAACUCUUGUAGAAUUUAAAAAUUGGACAUACCAUCGCCUCCUCCACCGUUUGUACUUGAAGUGAAAAUUGACAGUUACUGAAAUUAGAAGAAAAAAAACACAAUAUUAGUUGCAUGAAAAAGAGCGUCCAUUAAUUUUCAAAUCACAUAAUACUGCUCCAGGUAGUAGUAUUUGAUAACAUUGCUUCUUUUACAACGCAAGCCUACCUGAGUAGACUUGUACUCUUCUGUUGUAGUCUUAGAUAUGAACUUGUCGAACAAAGUUAAACAUAUCUCCAACAUUAGAUAUUAUUAAAAUAAAUUUACUAAUUAUUCCCACUUCCUAUUUUUUGUAAAUUUAGUCUGUAAAUUGUUGCAACACCAGUGCAUUUAAUUAAAACAAAAACAAAUUUACAGUAUUUUUGUAUACGUUGUGGAGGAUUGAAAUAAAGUCCACAACACAAUACGCAACAUGUAAUUUGCUAUAUAAAUAAUUUCUUCACAAUAUGGUUCUUGUACAAAUAUCGAGAUCAUGCUCUGGAAAACGACAAAAAUUAGCAAAAAAAAAUUUCUUCCAUUUCGAUAUUGGAAGAGAUAUAUGUAAUGCAAAAUAUAAGUUUUUGAAUUGAAAGGAAAAGUUACACAAAGCACUGCAUUUUGUUUUCUAGUGCUCGAUUGGGUGUGUUUAUUUAGUGGAUGUAUUCUGAGAUUCGGUAAUCCAACUUUGUGUGGGUAACUGUAAAACACGCAGUUUGUUAUUUGUUUUAAUCCAUAGGGGAAAUCUAUUGUUGUACUCGCACCGGGGUCGAGACCCAAAUUGAAAUGAAAAACAAUUAUAAAAUAUUGUCAUUGAGGUAAUCCGCAUUUGAAGCGAAUGAGAGCGCACUCUAUUACCAAGUAUCAACCCGACAGUUCGUUAAAACAGCCUGUGAGAAAAAAAAGUGUAAAAAUGUAAUGAAAUAAUUGUAAUAUGUUUGUAAAUCGGACUUUUCUAUAGAUAUAUUUUUAACAAAGCAACCCACGCGAAUCUGUAAAGACAAGUCAUCAAACUAAAAGAAACAGUAAUCAUCCAGUGUUAAGGCUAAAAAACGUGAUAUGUACAGAGAAUGCUUUUUUUACUAACCCCGGAAAAUAAAAACACCCAGAAGAAUACAUUAUCAUCAACAAAUUCACACUCUGGAUCACAAGAGAUGGCUCACAGCAAAGGAAAUUAUUCAACACUCGCGUGAAGAACACCUAAAAGCAUACGCGAUUCGGUCACUAAGGUAUAAUGAGAAAUUUCGUUGAUACUCUUGACACAAAUAAGGCAAAAAACAAUCUGUGAUUAACUUCUUCUUUUUCAUUUAUGUCCUUUGUUUUGACUAUUUUAGUAUUUUGUUCAUAGAAAAAGAAGAAAAUAACUAACUUUGAACAUAGUGCGACCCUAUAAAGGGUUUGCUGUAAAAUGUGUACAAUUUUAUAAAUAGGCUAUUUUAAAAAUUGACCGAAAGGAAUAAUUGAACAAUUUUUUCCGCGCCUUCAAGUAUCCUUAGGAAGACAUAAAAAAAUGAGAGUGACAAACAGUGGAACAAGUAAGUUUUUUAUCCCAUAUACCCAUGUGUCGUGUUGGCUAAAUUUGAAGCAUAGAUCAUUCUAGAGAAUGCAUUUCCAGAAAGUGAAAAUAUUUUUGUAUAGAGAAGGGAAAACGGCAAAUUUUAUACACAAAACACACACGGUUCGGACUGAGAAUUAUGCUUUGUAACAUAAACGUGUAAAUUUAUUUUACAAUCUCACUGAUUUGUAAUUAUAGCAAAAUCAAAAAGGCGAACUGAACAGAUAGAGACUCAACCAGCGCGAGAGAGUGGACAAAAUCUGUACAUUUUUGUGAAAAUAUCAUCUGUACAAAAAAAAAAUAAAAACACACACUUACACACUAGCGGAUAACGAACCCGCUUCGGAAAGGUUGCAACAUUUCCAAGGCGAGAACACUAAACACAAGAGGUCAACCAAAUCAAUGACAAUAUUUUUAAUUUUCAUUCCGCUUUACGCAAUUAUUUGCGUUAUUGAACUUUUUUUUUGUUCAAGACAUGCUUGCAAGCUUGCGAGAUACAAUGUACAAUUUUGUGAAUUUUACUUUUUAGGCAUACAAAAAUAAUAAUACUAAACAGCGAUGUACAUAAAUAGUAACAGCGGGAUCCUGUUCCCGUUGAUUUAUAACAACAGUAAAAAAGAAUAAAAAAAAAACAAAAACAGAAUUUUUUAGACAGGAAAUAGGUCACGUUUUAAGCAACAACUGCCACCACUUGCAAGAUUAAUUGUAAACAGUACGAAACAUUACAGAACUACAAUACAUAUUAGCAAAUGUAGCAGCAGCAAAAUGCCUUAUUUUCCCAUUUUUCUCAAUUGUCGUAAAUUUUUGGAUUAGAUUUCCGCAUUAAUUUGACAUCGGGACUGGUUCAAUUGCAGAAGCCCAAACUACUUAUAGAUGAAACCAAAUAACGAAAUGAGUGCGGAUGUUUUUAGUUCAUUUUUCAAACGGAUGGUCAUCUGCUUCUGGAUUGAAGAUUAGAACAGCUUAGCAAUCGAGACAGUAGUUGAUAGUGAGGCGAUGAUAAAGAUUUUAUUUAGCAUAAAACUAGAUGAACCACGUAACACGAUUCCCAGCCGAUUCAGGAGAAGAAACCUAUAAAUAAACAUUGAGAUUUUCCAAUUAACUUUAGUUUACAAUAGAGAUUUGUCGGUAAACGCAUUUUUGUAAUCAAAGCUGCUCCAAUAUUUUAUGAGUAUGCAUGGAGACCUUUUUUCUUCGAACACACAACUUGUAAACAAUGUAGGUAUUUCACUGAACCCAUAGAAUAAGGGAAAACUAUCAUAGUUUAUAGCAGUUAAUCAAACAGAGUAUAGACUUGCGCAUCAUUUUUUCUGCUCAUUUUCCUCAUUUGUAUGUUUCUAUAUGAUCAUCAUUACAACAGGCGUGUAAAAAACGCAACUCUCCUCUAUUAUCGCUAGUUAUUUGAUCAUUUAUCGUAAUAAUAUUAUAUUAACUUUUCUUAUUUAGUGAUAAUCCGAAAAAGCUUAAUUUAUUUCAUGAUUUCCAGUUUUCAUAUUGGAACGCUAUCAAUGUUCGUUGGCAAAAAUUAGAAGGAAUCAGUGGAGCAGUAGGGGAAAUAAAGUAAUGAAAAAUGCUAUAUGUAUAAUUUUUGGAGAAAUUCUUUGGAAUAAAGCCCUAUAAAUAAUGCAUUAUAUAUGAAUACUAAAAAUAAUAAUGAUGCAACUAUAAAUAUUAUGCUAUUAUCAAGUAAAUAUAAAUUUUCUGUAAUAUUGAA